GUGUUUUAUAGUUGUGUUUCGUUAGUCGAAAAGAAAGUGUUCAUUUAUUCAAAGAAAUGGCGUCACCUUUAAAAAAGAUUAAACUAACUCCAAAUAAAGAAUUAUGCACAAAAACUACAAGUUUAACCCAAGAAACUAUGGUAACGAGCACACCUAGACGUUGUUUUACUCGAACAAUCAGCUCUCCAAGUAUUUCAUCAAUUAACUCUGAUCAUGCAACUGCCAGUAACAUUUCGGAAUCAGCCAGAAGCAGCAUUUCAAGAGCUUCAAGUUUUGUAUGUGAAUAUUAUGGUGAAAACUAUGAUAACUAUUUCGAAAAACACAAGAGACCUCCAUACAAAGGACCGAUUUGGAAAAUUUAUGAACCGAUUGAAGAUAAUAAUUUGUAUGCUAAAAUUUUGAAUAGUCCUAGCAAUACACAGUUUGUUGUUGCGGAGCUGUUGAUUACUUAUAACUCGGAUCCAGAUUUUGUCAUCAAAGAGUUAAUUCAACUUUGCGUUGAUGUAGCCGGUUUUCAGCAUUUCAAUGCAAAGCAACAUUAUAGAAUUGGCAGUUGCCAAGAUGAUAGCAAGAAUAUUGUAAAGAAGCUAGAAAGUUAUGAAGUUAUUGAACAACAACCGGAACUUGAGGAAAAUGGAAGAUAUUUAUUGAUGGAAAGAAGCACGUAUUUUGUCAAAUAUUUAAAAAUGGGACUGUACAGUUUUUUACAAAAUCUCAUACAAUCAGCUCAUAAAAUGGGAGUUCUUUAUGAUUCCAUCUUACUGAAGUGUUUUACAGUAUUUUUGCGGAAUAUGGAAGAAAGUGGUCUUAAAUGUGUUCGACAUACAGGAGUCGUAUUUGCUGUGAAAAUCCUUACCGCUAUAGUUCUGGUUUUCAAUAAUAUCGUGAAUGAUCCCGCUUAUGAAUAUGCAAUACGUCAUAACACAGAAAUAGUGGAGGAACUCAAUAAACGUAAAGAUAUACUACAAUGUUCCAUAGCAUCAUUAUAUUUCAUUUUCCAUAGAAAUUGUCUCAAUCAGGAUUCUGCUGUAUACAUGAUGAGAAUGGAAUGCAUAAGAGAAGCUGAAAUUUGGACGAAAUAUUUUCCUAAAUUAUUCGUAUCUCAUUUUCAAGUAAUAAAUGUAAUAAUAAAAUUAAUAACCGACCCAUCAAAAGAAGUUAGACUUUUAGCACUGGAAGCAUGUGGAAAUAUAUUUGGAAUGAUCAAGGUUAUUGAAUUUGUGAGACCCGUUAUUGAAAUAUUAAUUAAGGCAAUAUCGCAGAGAUUUUAUGACGUCAAUAUAGAUGUAGCUGUCAAAGCUAUAAACAUUUAUACAUAUCUCCUAGAAAUAGUUCCUGACUUAGUAUCACAUGAAAUGAUAGCCAAAAUGAAAAAAUUAGUUUUUGAUGAACAUGCUCCAGUAGGACAGGCAGCUUGUAAUUGUUUGUUAGCCUUUUUUCACAAGAAUGCUGCAAAGUCAAAUCAUCUUUUACUUGCUUUGGCAAACAUACUUAUUUAUGAAGAAGGCGAUUGCAGUAAAGAGCUUCUAGUAGAAGGUUUCCUCUAUUCUUGUGAACAGAUGCAAAACUGGCCAUUAUUCUGUAAAUGUAUCUUAAGCGAUAAAAUAAGCGAUCAAGAACGGAGAGCUAUUUCUGAAAUAUUUGCCGAAGCAGUGAAACAACGAUUAAAAGGGAAACCUAAAGUUAAUAGACUCAUGUCGAAAAAUAUUAUUACCCCGGACCCAUCUGCCCAUCAACCAGUUGCUGAAGUCUUAGAUACCAUAAACAUAAUAAUUUUGAAUACAAAUGAUAUGCUAAUAAUUAUAAAUAUGUUGGAAGUGAUUCUUCAAGUCCAUAACAAUUUCCUGGAUAAGAAUUUUUGUAGGGAAUACAGUGAUAUUUCCGAAACCAUUUUACAAUUAUUCAAUCAAUAUUCAAACGAGAAUUUAUUGAAGCAUUCAGCCGAAGUAUUGAAACACCUUAGUGACAUUCCCGAUUUUGCUGAACGAGGUAGAAGAUUUGCUAGAAUACUUCAUAAGAAUCAUGCUAACAAGCUUAAAGCAUUUUUAAAAGAACCAGACAAAAAAGGACAAAACUAUGCUCUAAAAGUAGCUAUAUUGUACAAACAUUUCAAUUUAAAUGAUUUGUUUUCUUUUGCUGAACUUACUGAUCCUCUGGAGGACGCUGAUUCAAAGACAGUGUCUUUUCUUUUAAUAUGUUGUAAGUGGUACCUUAUAUGGGAUCUGAGAAAAUUGGCCGAAAACAACGGAGGAGAUCAACAAGAGUUACAAAAAUCAGUUGUGGCGUUACUAAGCAAGUGUAGGAUAUUUAGUAUAAUAUGUUUCAAUUUAUUCCAACAUUCUGAUGAUAAAACAUUAAUUUUGGAGGUGUUCUCGACAGUUUGUGAAUUUUACUAUUUAUUUACGAAAGAAUUGAAACAUCCAAUACAACUUAAUACACUUUUUAAAGAUUUAGAAAUAAAAAUUGAUAAUCCAAACCAAGGAAACAUAUUGGUAAAAUUAUUGGAAGAAAAUGUCAUAUGCAGCAAAAUUAUGCCGUUAACAGAACGUCGGAAACACGUGAUUAGUUAUGUUGAUAUAAUAAAUUGUGGCGUUCUCCCACCAGAAUCAUUUGUUAACAUUUUCAAAUAUUUUUAUUUGUACAACAAAGAAUAUGGUCAUAUCAUCGAACAUUCUUUAACAGAAUUGAGCAAGUACAAAGACAGUAAUGUAAUACACUUUAUCGUAGUGUACACUUUAAUUUCUGUUUACGAAAAAAUGCUUGGAAAGCACGGAGUUGUUGAUCCCAGAUCAGAAGAAGGAGUACAAUUGAAAUUACUUGCCAAGCAGUUUGCGACUUUCAAACAUUUCCAUGAUCGUAGUAACUUGUUCAAGCUAUUGUGUCUUUUGAUUGAUUAUGCAUUCAAGGAUGAAGUAAACCUAAGUUUUUUAGGCAUCACGAAAUGUUUUGUUACUCUCUUGAAUAAUGACGAAGAUAGGAAGAAAAUGUAA